AGGUUAUAACCUUUGAACUAUAAGGUUGUCAACAAGAUGGCCAACAAUAAUUCUGUUGAUGAGUAUCUCGUUUAUUUGAAGGAGAAUGCUCAAGAACUCAGGCAAUUGGGCAAGAAAUGGGGCAUGACAGAGAAAGAGAUUGAUAAUUGUGUUACAGAAGCGCUGUCAUUAACAGAAAAUAAGGAAGAUCUGAAGAAAUCUCCCAAGAACAUAGCAAGAAAAUGCUGGGCUUACUUCCUGUUUCUGAUAAAGAUCCAGCUGGGCAUUGGGUUACUACUGAUGGUGUUGCUGGGAGGAAUGUAUACCACAGCAUUAUACCAUGAACCAUCACAACGUGCUAUUAUGAAAGCCAUAAUGCCUUAUAGUUAUGAGAUCAUGAGAGCAGUGCGACUAGCAGCAGUGCCCUUGCACAAAAUGUUUAAUAUAUCCAGUCUAUACAAUUCAGAAUGUCUCAUUGAGAAUCCCUACUUUGUGCAAGAAACACCGGACUGUAACAUCUGUAAGAGUUUCAAACAGGUCAAAGGUUUGAAUGCAACUUCAUUCAAUGCCACAAAGUUUACAGCAUACUCCAAUACCAUGAAACCGGUCAAGCUUAUGAAAACAUUGAACCGGAACAUUACCUACGGUGAUAUAAGGAACAUGUAUCUGGGGAUUGAGGAUCGGCUUGUGGCCGAACCUUACCAGUUCAUGUCCACUGAGCCAACAAUUCAGUCUCUGUCCCAGCUGUUAGAUGAAGAUCGCGGAGAAGAGGUUACGUCCCUUGAAAAUCUGCAUAUUGACUGGCACAGUACUACUGUCAAAGCCAGUGCAGGUCUUAGGACACUAUUCCCUAGACCACCAUUUUUACCACCGGAGACGGAAAUCACACUGGAGAAACAUAUCUUCAUAGAUGGUCCAAACACAACAGCCUAUCAUGUGCCUGUAAUGAAUAGCAGUCCACUUCAUUUGUACAUACAAGGAAGCGGGAAGAGACGUCUGCUUGUAAGGCCGGUGGAAGGAUGUAAAGAAUACUGCAACUCAAUGCUUGUGUUCAUGGACCCUGGGGACUCCUUGUUAUAUAAUCGUGACAUGUGGCGAGUCUACAUUUCAACCAAUAGCGAUCAUGCCAGUGUUGGAUAUCUAAUAGCCGUACAGAUUUAGGACGGAUGAACUACAACAACAGGACUAUGAAAAUAACUUACUGAACCCAAAGAAGAAAAACAAACCUAAAGAAUCUCAAAAACUUACUGAAUCUAAAUUAUCUUUUCGGUAUUAAAUAUGAACAACACAUCUGAUAAAUUAGAAGCAUUUUGAAAAAAGCAAA